AUUUCUAGAAGAAGCAUACUCUGCAUUUUCAAGCUGAUUUAUGGAGUGGGUCUUCAAGCACUCAGAAAACUUUUCUUGGAGAUGAAUCCAUCAUGGACAAAUCAACCUUCAGAUGCAGCUGCCUUUGACAGAGGAAAGAUGAAGCUUAACAAAGAAGAAGAAAAUGUUUUUAACAGUGGCAACAUUGACAAAUGGGACUUCUCGUUAAUCACAACUGCACUUCUCUUCUCAAAGACUUGUGUCUUCGAAAUGAGCAAGAGACCUGGCUAUAAUAUUGCCUUGCAAGAGCUAAAGAAGAUUCGAAACAAAUUGCUGGGACAUCCCUCUACAGAUGGGAUGAGUGAUGAUGAUUUCAACAUCUUCUGGCCUCAACUCUCUGCCCAUUUUGUUACACUUGGCGCUGAUCCCGUUGAGAUUGCAGAUAUAAAAAUUCAGUCAGGUACAUUACUUCUAGCGUUCAAAUAAGAACGGUCGUCGAGCCAUCUAACUAAUAAAUAGCAUUUCAUUUCAGUUGAGGCUUGGUUAAAGCAAAGUUAAGGCAUUUCAUACCUUUGGCAUACAGUGUGCGUAAGUUCCAUCGAAAGAGUGAUGCGUAUACCAAAAUUUAAUCCCACAGUGAAUUUAAGAAUUCCCUUCUUUACCAUUCGUAGCUUCAAACGUAGUGUUUUAUUUUUCUGGAUUGGUACUUUUAAUACCUAUGUUUCUUCAGAACUCAGAGCAUCACCCAGCGGAAUAGUGAUCUGAAUUUUUCUUUAUUCGCAUGUAUCAUACAUUUAACAAUUAUUCUUUGAAAUCGAGGUGAAUAGUGGGUAAAUAUUCCCAAAGCCACUAUUCACCGAGAUUGAAAAGAAUAAUUGUUUCAGUAUAUACGCACGAAGCGAUCUCAUCAAAAUCAGAGAGAAAACCAUUAAAAAGUACAAUUUGAUUGACAGAUCAAAUCACGCGUAAGUUUAAAAAUAGAUCUUGGCAGAAUUUUUAAACAUGGCAAUUCACAAGUUUAUCAUUUCGCAAACAACAGCGUACUGGCUUAAAUGGAACCGCUAAAAGUUUGAACUGUUUCCUUACCUGAGAAGAAAAGUGGAGCUUUGUUGUUUUCUGUUGACUCGCCGAGUUUAUAGCCAAAAGGGUUUGUUGUGUUCUUCGCAUGAAGUGCUGACAAAAAUGGCCGGCUCGGUUGCUCGAGGUAAGACGUCGUCUUCCUGUAUCAUUCGUGUUCCUGUUUACUUGAAACGUAGAAUUUCUGCAAACAUUUCCUUUUAAAUUUUUUUGUCAUAAAUAAACUUCGAUUUUUGAGCCAAAAUGUUCUUGUUAGAAAACGCUGAGUUCACGAAACGGCUUCUUCUACGCGAAUGCACGGGAGUUGUAAACAAUCCAUCGAGCACAAAACUCAGCUACAGUAAAUUGAACAACGCCUUAUUGAAUCCUUCCAAGUCUUUUCUUGCCUUAAAAAAAGUCAGCCCUGGGAUUUUGUCGACUUUUGAAAGAUCGUUCUCUAAAAAAAUGGGAAAAACACCGAGCUCACACAUUAUCCACUCGCUAGGAGGUGAAUAUUGUUGAAUAGUCCGAGAUAGCGAACCAAUCAGAUUGCUUAAAUCACCAAGAUCACUGAGUGUGUAUAUGCUAAUUUUCAAUGAUCUACUCCGUUUAGAGGUUAAACGAUCAUAUAGCUGUAGCAACUUUUCUUUUACGAUUACAGUGAGAACAACCUUAAAUCUAGUUUUAAAAGGUGACGAGUGGUGUAAUGGUACUGUUUAUUCUAAUUUCAGACGCCGAUCUCCGUGCAGGAGGAUACUAUAAGUCCCUAUUUAUUGAGGAGAAGACCAAGUUUUUUCAUUAUAACGAGAGGUUGGAUUCCAUAGAAAGAAAAGUGGAUGCCAUCGCCGACGCUUUAAGCAGUUGCAAAACGCCAGUAAGCCCGAAAGAUCUCAGUGGCCCUAACUGGGAUGCAUGGUUGCGGUUUCGUGAUGCAGUAGGAGAUUUUGAUACCCGGAAUUACCAGUACAUUCUUGUUACCGACGCUCUCUCGCAAGAAAAUCUGGACUGUUUUUCUAUUCUAAGAAGCGUUCCAUGGAAGAUGGUUUUGGACUUCGAUCCAAUGUCUGAAGAAAAAGGAUUUUACCGAGAAUUUACAUCACAUGAAGGGCAAGGCAACUUGGUAAGCAUGGUUACCCCAGCAGAAAUGAAGCCAAAAUCAAUGAUUAACCUGGCGCGAGAAAUUGAUUGUAGCAAGAUCCAGUGGUUGUUUGUCAAUGGAAGAUUUAGUGAUACGGGUGGAAAACAGCAAGAAUUCCCCGAGUGGGAAGCAACCUCGGUAAAAGAAAUCUCAAGAUUUUUUGGAUGCUAUUGCGAUCCAGAUAAGUUUGACAGGCAAAAACCUGUGGUGUGCUUAAUUCUUCCAUUUAAUCAAAGAACUGUUCCUUAUUUAGAACGGACGCUGGGUCGGCUCUUUGAGAACUUUGUUGACCAGUUCAGAUUAGAAGUCGUGUCGUUUAAGCAAAAGCAACAGCUUUCUGUCCUUGGACAAGUCAAGAUUCGCUUAAUCGAUUUACCUCCAGAUCUCGUGCAUCUUGGCUUAACACAGAUGCUUUGCUUGUCGUCAUCACAGCAGUAUCGAAUGCCUUCUUCUCAAGCCAAGGUUUACGCAGAACUAAGUGAGAAAGAAUACCUUUACCUAAAGGAGCACCUUGAACUCCUUUAUGACAGUUGUGAAGAGUUACCAGUCCCAAACAACUCGUCGGAAGAAGAUGUGCAUUUACAAAAGUUCCUUGAAGAACACCGGCGGUUGUUUAUCUCCGGUAAUCCCAUUUCAUUUGCGAGCCUCUACGACAAUCACGAUGCGAAGCGAGAAAUCGAGAAUGACAUUCGUACCCAUGUUCAGCGCCUUCUUGACAAGAGUCUAACUAAAUCUGUGAUUGUGGAAAUUAAGCAUUUACCUGGGACAGGUGGCACUACGAUCGCUCGUCGGGUGAUGUGGGAUCUCCACAAAGCAUACCCUUGUGCUUUCAUAGAGAUAAACCCACAUCUCUACUAUGACGAAGACAACAGUUAUGCUGCUAAACUGGCCGACCGGAUAGCAGCUUUAGAAGAGAUUUGCCAUACAUCCCCUGUUAUUCUUAUAGAUGGAAAACAGUCGAGGGCAAUUGAAGGCCUUUCCAACAAACUUGUUAGGAUGCUUGGUAACAAAGGAAAGCGGGCUCUCUUGUUGCGCUGCUUACACGGUUCCAAGACCACACCAAAAGAAACACAAGAGCCGUCGCGUGUUCAUCAGGUGUUCCACGUUGAUGUUAAGUUGGAAGAUUCAUAUGCCGAUUUAAAUGAGUUUGACAAAAUGUACAAGGAACUCAUCGAAAACUCGUUGGGAGAGACAGGGAAAUCAGGGCCUGCAUGUCGUGUAUUUCAUUUCCCACUCUUGGCAAUGUUGCAGACGUUUCGGCCCAAGCUUAAGAAAAUAAUCGACGAUACUUGGGACGAGAUGGAGAGCCUUCAACAAGAAAUUGCCGUUGUUGUAGCUUUUCUCCAAAAGUAUGCAAACCAGCCAACACCCGCCCUUCUCCUCUACGACGCUUUUAAAAGAUACAUUUAUCUAGGAGAGCAAAAGAACGUGACAUAUGACGACAUCAAGCAAUUGUUCACAGGACAUCUGCUGAAUCUAAUGGUCCCUUCAAACCCGUUGCUUCGUCGAGGAAGGGACUAUCGAUUGCAGGAGUCAUCACCAAAAAGUUAUACUUUCCAGCAUCGAGUAGUGGCAGAGAUGUUGCUGAAGAAGGCUUUGGAAACCCAAGGUUGUGACUUGUUUCGAGUGGUAAACCAAUUCCUUCAGUUUCCAAUUUUCCAGCGGGAAGAUUUUAUGUCUUUUCUUGAAGUGUUAUUUGUUCACAACAAGGAUGGUGAAAAGAAGCGGAAAUUUUCAGUUCUUUUCGAAGAGCUAAAAGCCAUCAACCAAGAACGUGCUGCGGAAAUAUUUUGUGACGCGGGAGAGAAGACCGGGAAUUCAGUAGUAAUUUCUCACGCAGCAAGAUUUUUUGCCAAGAUGGUUCCCCCUUCAUUCUCUCGAGCAAAGGAGCUCAUUGAACGAGCUUUUCAAGCCAAAAACGCAAAACAGAGGUUCAGAAUCCUUUGCAACGCGAAAGGCAAUGUGCUGUAUGUUGAGCUAGCUUACAUGUCCAACACUGGGAGAGUUAGAGAUCUGGCAAAGCUUGAAGAACUGGCUACUAAAGUACUCGAGGCUUAUAAAGAAGCUCGCAAUUUUCCUCCAACCUACCCCAAUCCUUUAAUUGGCGAAGUUAAUGUUUGGCUAGCAUGCAUCAGCUGGAUCAUGAAAAACAUCUGUAACCGUGAUUCAGAAAAAACUUUGAAGUUCCUAGCUAACCAGUGUCCUCCAUUUUUUCGUACUUGCGUUAGCGAUUCCUUUUGUCUGCUUGAUGUUGUUGACAGAAUUGUCCAAAGUGUGCCAAGCUUGGCAGAUCCUGAGGAAACACAGCAAAAGUGUCACGAUGCAAGGCUCUCGUUGAUGAAGACCUUUCGGACAGGUCUGCCUUCAAAUGGACGUGGACGUGAUGCAGAAGAUGUAGUUCAAGCUUGUAAGGCACUUUGCAGUGCGAAGAACUUCCCAAGGUCUUCAGCGUUAGAGUUAAAGAGACUGCAGGCUCUGUUUCUCUUCAAUUCAGGUGAUGCAAUCGACAACUUACAACAAGAGCACCUUUUGUUCUUACAGAGGCUUCUAGGUGACCUCGUGUUCAAAGAAAAUGAAUAUCGCUUUGCGUACCAUUUAAUGAAAGUUUGCGUUCUGGUCACUGGACCAAAGAGUUACAGUCUUGAACAGGGUUUAGCCGUGACGGAAAAGUGGUUAGAAGUGUCACGUCAUGACUCUCUUCCAUACUUCUACCAGAUGGCGAUUUGUUUUCUCAAGAUUUUAGAUGGAAAUGCCAUAGAAUUCAUGCCGAAAUACUUGAAAGCUUUGAAGGCAUGCCGUGACAAGUCACAGAGCCAUUGCCGCCUUACUCAGUCCACGCUUUUUGUGGGUAAAGAUGGGAAGGGAAUGUCUCGCCUCGUCACCCGCAACACCUUGUUCCGCGGCGAAACUGACUACUCGACCGCCGUCCAGUCAGAUACAGUACCCAGGUUCUGGCAAGUCGAGAUCAGGAAAAAGUUACUAGAGUGCAAAGGAAGAAUCCGCGUGGGGCCAUCCUCUGAUCGAGAUAAAAGGCUAAAAACCUACAUCGAACUGAUUCAAGGACAAGUGGAGCUCUACGUGGCGAAGAGUGCAGGUAUUGGACAGGUGGAGAGAGAUUUCACCAAAGGUCAGUUGGCCUACUUUGUGAUUAGUUUUAACCUUCAAGGCCCAGUGGCUAACGGAAUAACCCUUGAACCACAGAAUCCAACAGCGAGUUAG